UGGUCUGCGUCUAUUGUAGGACACAUGCCUGGAAGCCAUUGCACAACGGAUAUUCAGAAGAAUAUCAACAGUUCCAAUUCGGCUGCCUGCUCCUCUCCUGCUCCCAUAUUCACUGAGCUCCAGCCCCUGAUGGCGAACCCUGACCUGCCGUCUGAGCAUGACGACUCCCAGUUGGACAGAAAGGAGCCCGAGACUGAGCAGCCAGGGCCAAGAAAUCUGCAAACGGCCAGGGCCCGCUUCCUCAAAGGAAUCUCCUACUUCUCUGGAGACAUGAAGGUGUUUGGAAAAUGGAUGGAAAAGCAGUUUUUCUUGCUGCAGUUGCUGGACUGGGUUUUGCGUGGAGCUGCUCAGGUGAUGUUCGUCAACAACCCUCUAAGCGGCCUCAUCAUUUUUGCUGGCCUCAUCCUGCAAAACUACUGGUGGGCUCUCAACGGCUUUGUGGGCACACUCUUUGCCACCAUUUCAGCCCUUAUUCUGCAACAGAACAGGGGUGCAAUAGCUGCAGGGCUGUACGGUUACAAUGGCAUCCUGGUGGGUCUGCUGAUGGCGGUGUUCUCCAACGAAGGAGACUGGUACUGGUGGCUCCUGCUACCAAACAUCUUCAUGUCCAUGAUGUGCCCGAUCGUGUCCAGUGCCCUGGCAUCUAUUAACAGUCGAUGGGAUCUGCCAGUGUUCACCCUGCCCUUCAACAUCCUGGUGUGUCUCCACAUGGUUGCCACUGGACACUACAACCACCACUUCCCCCAAGUCCUCAUUCAGCCUCGCUCAGAGCUGCCCAACAUUACCUGGGCUGAAAUCGACGUAGCCCAGCUGUUCAUGUCGGUGCCUGUUGGAAUAGGCCAGGUCUACGGCUGUGACAACCCGAUAACCGGAGGAAUCUUCAUUAUCUCACUGUUCAUCUCCUCCCCUAUCACCUGCGUUCAUGCUGUCCUGGGAUCUGCCGUGGGCAUGGUUUCAGGCUUGGCGCUGGCAGCACCUUUUGGAGACAUUUACUUUGGCCUCUGGGGAUACAACUGUGUGUUAGCCUGCAUUGCCAUCGGAGGCAUGUUUUACGCUCUCACCUGGCAGGUGCAUCUGCUUGCCAUCACGUGUGCUUUUUUCUGUGCAUACCUCGGCUCAGCCAUUGCCAAUAUCUUGUCCACGUUUGGUCUGCCAGCCUGCACUUGGCCUUUCUGUCUCUCUGCCCUCACUUUCCUCCUCUUAACCACGGGAAUCAAGAACAUCUUCAAGCUGCCGCUGGCCAAAGUCACGUACCCCGAGAAAAACCUGGGCUUCUUCUGGAAGCUGAAGAAGCAGGAGAAAGUGAAAAAGGCUGAGAAAGAGAGGAUAGAACGCGAGGAGAAGAACACCAUCAAAGAAGAGAUGAUACUGAACGAGAAAUUGCAACUGAGGCUAGAGCUUGAAAGAUUGGAAGAAAAUAGAGCAGCAAGUGAGGCAUCAGACGAGAAAAAUGACGAGACAUGUGUCGAAGGCUCUGCACCUGGGGUCGAACAGCAGGGUGCUGAAGAUAUCAGACACGAUGAUCUAACUGUGGUCACUGUUGCGGAUCAUGUUUAAUACUGCAUGUCUGCAGCGGGAGAGAUAGACAGAGGAUAGAGACGAACACUCCAUCUUGCAAAAAUUGUAUUGGCAUCCUCCCAAAACACCGCAGCACCAACCAUAUAUAUUCACGCUUUAAUUAGCAAACAACUCGUUGCACUGAUGUCAAGAAAGCUUUCGAUUCUAUUUAGCGUCAAGGACUCUUUUACAGACAUCUACAUCGUGGUAGAGGAGGCUAAAUGUAGGAUGUGGUUAAAUCAAUGUAUUUGAAAAAUAAGUGUGCUGUUAAAAUUGGAGACAAAACAAACUGAAUUCUUCAAUCAGAGAAGAUGUGUUCGUCAGGGUAAUUUAAAUCCAAUUCAUUUAUUGUGUAUAUAAAUGAACUUCCGCCCAGAUACAGUCGUGAAGUGACUGUUUUAGGCUGAUGACCUGCUUAUUCUGUCGCCGACUGAACAAGGUCUACAACAACUGUUGGACAUAGUAGAAAAGUUCUGGCAGAUGUCAGGAGCACAAAUAUCAGUUUACCAUAAAUAACCAUAUCCUUGUAUAUAUAGUAUAGGUUAUACCUGCCUUGGUUUAACCACAACAGCAUCAGGGAGUUUCAACAUGUGUUUGUUGAAAUGUGAUUAUGAGACUGUAUAUUAUCAUAUAAUAAUUGUAAUGUUAUGUUAAUAUUGAUCUAAACAUUAUUGUGUACUAUUGUAUUUUGAUGCUUUGGUAACAUUGUUCUUUAUUUAACUUUCAUGUUUCAUUUCAAUAA